UUUGCUUUUCCGACCUUUAAAUAUAGAGCGAAAGACCGGUAGAGAGAAAAUUGUCUCACGUUUGUUGUUGUUCAGUUCCCCAUUCUUUCGCUAAAUCAAGAUCUACGCCGUUAUUUAGAUUUAUAAGAAUAAGAAAGUAUGGAAUCAAGCCGUCAAGGUGGUGGAAUUCAACAGCUCCUAGCUGCAGAACAAGAAGCUCAGCACAUCGUCAAUGAGGCUAGAAAUUUAAAAACGGCUAGGUUGAAACAAGCCAAAGAAGAGGCUGAAAGGGAGAUCGCUCAAUACCGUGCUCAAGUGGAAGCUGACUUUCAGAGAAAACUUGAAGAGACUAGUGGAGAUUCAGGUGCCAACGUGAAGCGUCUAGAGCAUGAAACUGAAGCAAAGAUUGGCAACCUAACUGGAGAGUCUGAGAGGAUAUCCAGUGAUGUUGUUCAGAUGCUCCUAAGGCAUGUGACAAGCGUGAAAAACUGAAGUUGUGUUUGUUGGAGGAAUAACUUAUUUUGAUUAUGUUAGUUCUCCUUGUUAUUUAUUCAGUGAGCUUUGCCGUUUUCUUAUUCAGUAUCUGAGGAAAAGAGAAUAUGCCAUUUCGUAUUAUAUUUGUAAUAGUUUAUUUGAGUCCUGUUCUUUGCCAAAUAAAUGACUCCGAAUCUUUGUAUUCCAACAUUGACACUGGUUCAUUAUUUUUAGAAACUAUUCUUGAUACCUA